AUAUCUAUAUAUAUUCUCGCAACAUGUCAGGCACAUAAUCGUACUUCAGUUUGCAAAGAAAGGUUAUUUUUUAACAAUUGUGUGUGUGUUACAAAUGUAAUCAUAGCUUAGCCUCUUUGUGCCUAACUACCACGUGCUUCCUGUUGCAUACACCUUCAAAAAUAGCAAUCAAUUCAUUAAAUGUUGUCAUCGUAGAAUAAAUAACCUCAAAAGAAGAAUCGUCGUAACAGCGGAGAAACGAAAGUUCGUCGUUAAUUAACAGAAUGGCAGAUGUACGUGAUAUAUUAGAUAUCGAGGUACCCACUACCAGUGAACUUACAAAAGAAUCGAUUAUAGGCACCGACAAAAAGAAUCGGAAAAAAUAUGAAUACAAAGUACCGAAAAGGCCGGAGGGCAUGCAUCGCGAAGUGUUUGCAUUGUUGUGUAAGGACAACAACGACGUACCACCACUGUUUCCGACGGAUACAGCGAAAGGAUAUAAACAAGUUCGAGCCAAGCUUGGUAUGAAAAAAGUUAGGCCAUGGAAAUGGACGCUGUUCACUAAUCCCGCGAGAACGGAUGGCGCAGUUUUCCAUCAUUGGAGACGAGUCGCGGAUGCAGGGAAAGAAUAUCCCUUUGCUAAAUUCAAUAAAAAGGUUCCUAUUCCGACGUAUACCAAUGCAGAAUAUGUUCAACAUUUGGUUACAAAUGGUUGGACUAGAGCAGAGACCGAUCACCUGUUCGAUUUGUGUAGAAGGUUCGAUCUUAGGUUUAUUAUAAUCAAAGAUAGAUGGGAUCGAACAAAGUUUCCUGCAAGAACUGUAGAGGAUUUAAAAGAAAGGUAUUAUCAAGUGUGUGCUGCUUUAACCAAGGCAAAGUCUCACACCGAUAAGGUUUAUAUAUUUGAUGCAGAACACGAAAAACGUAGGAAAGAACAAUUAAAGAAGUUGUUCGAGAGAACGCCCGAACAAGUGGAAGAAGAACAAAUGCUACUGGCCGAAUUAAGAAAAAUUGAACAAAGAAAGAAGGAGAGGGAUAGGAAAACGCAAGACUUACAAAAAUUAAUAACGGCAGCCGAUCAUCAAGCCGAUCCGAGAAAGAAUGAAAGAAAACCAACGAAAAAAAGCGGCGCUUCCGCUAGAAAUAGACCAAAUAAGACUGAUACUUCUCAUACCGUGGAAUCAGCUGGAAUCAAGUUUCCAGAUUUUAAAAAUAGCGGCGUGUCGCUUCGUUCUCAGAGAAUAAAGUUGCCAAGUAGUUUAGGCCAGAAGAAAAUGAAGGGUAUCGAACAAAUGCUCAACGAACUGCGACUAGAAUUAAACCCGCCACCUACGGAGCAAAUAUGUCAACAAUUCAACGAAUUAAGAAGCGACAUCGUGCUACAUUACGAACUUAGAAGCGCAUUAUCAACGUGCGAUUACGAAUUACAAUCGUUAAGGCAUCAAUACGAAGCUUUAGCUCCCGGGAAGACGUUAACGAUACCUCCCGCAUUACUACCAAAAACGGAGCCCGAGGUUAAGGCGGACAUAAUAGACGUGGUGGGCUCGCCUAGCAUGCCAACAGUCACUCACUGACGUUUAAAAUCAGUUUUGGAAUAAGUUAGUUCCAGUACCGAAUGUAAAUAAUUACCAAAGCGUUGAAACGCGGUACGAAGAAAACAUCGAGUACGCGCUUGUUUAACUCUUCACUUCCUGUAUCAUAUUUUUUUUUUUUUUUUACAUUGUAUUGGAUUAAACGUAAUUUACAUGAAA